GCCCGGGAGCCGACGGCGCUCGGGCAGAGGCGAGGCCGGGCGCGCUCCGUCCUCGGGCAGCAGCGGCCGCGUCCCGUCCCCGCACCCGCCGGCGCCAUGGCCGGGGCCGGCUACGGCUUCUACCGGGCGCGCGUCUUCGCGGCCAUGUACGCGGGCUACACGCUGUACUACUUCAACCGGAAGACCUUCGCCUUCGUGAUGCCCUCCGUCAUGGGCGAGGUGGCGCUGGGCAAGGACGACCUGGGCCUGAUCACCAGCAGCCAGUCUGCCGCCUACGCCAUCAGCAAGUUCGUCAGCGGGGUCCUUUCUGACCAAAUGAGCGCCCGCUGGCUCUUUUCCUCUGGCCUUCUGCUUGUGGGCAUAGUCAACGUGGCCUUCUCCUGGAGCUCCACUGUGGCCGUCUUCGCUGGGCUGUGGUUCCUGAAUGGGCUGGCGCAGGGCCUAGGUUGGCCCCCAUGCGGAAAGGUGCUUCGCAAGUGGUUUGAACCUUCCCAGUUUGGGACUUGGUGGGCAAUCCUCUCUACCAGCAUGAACCUGGCCGGAGGGCUGGGCCCUAUUGUGGCUGCUCUGAUGGCGCUGAGCUACAACUGGCGCACUACUCUGGCUCUCUCUGGCUCGGUGUGUGUGGUUGCCUCCCUUGUAUGCCUGCUUCUAAUUAAGAACGAGCCCUCGGAUGUGGGGCUGCCCAACAUUGAGCCUGGGCCCAAGAAAGGGAAAAAGGGCUCUUCGGCAGAUGACAGCACCCUGGCCGAGCUGCUGCUUUCUCCAUACCUCUGGGUCCUGUCCACAGGCUAUCUGGUUGUCUUUGGAGUGAAGACGUGCUGUACAGACUGGGGGCAGCUGUUUCUCAUCCAGGAGAGAGGACAGUCGACACUUGUGGGAAGCUCAUACAUGAGUGCCUUGGAAAUCGGGGGCCUGGUUGGAAGCAUUGCAGCCGGCUACCUUUCAGAUCGAGCAGUAGCCCAGGUGGGCCUAUCGCACUAUGGGAACCCUCGGCACGCACUUCUCCUGUCCAUGAUGGCAGGCAUGUCUGCUUCCAUGUACCUCUUCCGGGUCACAGUCACAAGCAGCUCACCCCAGGAAAUCAGCUCUUGGAUUUUAGCCUUCCACCCUCUUGCUAUCCUUGUGGGCUUAACAGAACAUGAGUUGUGGAUCCUGAUGUUAGGCACUGUCUUUGGAUUUUGCUCUUAUGGACCAAUUGCUUUGUUCGGCGUCAUAGCCAAUGAAAGUGCCCCUUCCAACCUGUGUGGGACGUCGCAUGCCAUUGUUGCGCUCAUGGCUAAUGUGGGAGGGUUCCUGGCUGGACUACCCUUCAGCACUAUCGCCAAGCACCACAGCUGGGGAACAGCCUUCUGGGUAGCAGAAAUGACAUGCGCUGUCAGCACAGUGGCCUUUUUCUUCCUGAGGAACAUCCGCACCAAGAUGGGCCGUCUGCCAAAGAAGGCCGACUGAGUCUCCGGAGCAAGCUCCUGUGCCCCUUCAGGACGCAAAAGGGCAGGCAGGGCAAUGGCAGAAGCAGGCCUUUUCACAAUGCUUGGGCCAUUCGUGCCAGGGGGGAAUCUUGGCCCACCCGAGGUGUGGUGGCAGCGCUGUGGGCAGCCCAGGAACAGCCCCCAGCUGGUUUAUCUUGACUACAGGCAUGGCAGGAAGCUAGCAGACCUGCACCCCUGGCUCCCUGCUUGCCGCUUUGGGGAGGUACUUCUCCACUUUUGUGCACAAGCAAAGGGGGGAAAAUUGAUUCACUCACAGUAAUGUGAUGGUUUUCCAGACCGAUGUGUCUGCCUGUCGAGACUGCCUGUAUUUUUCACUGAAAUGUAAUAAUGGAAUUGAACUAAAAGAAGGCUCAGCCUUUUAAUCUCA